ACUUGCUUGAUCAGUGCUUGGCUCAUAAGAGUAAGUUAACUAUUAGGAUCUGAGAGGUGGUGCAUUUCUCCCAGAGGAAUAUAAAUGCAGCAGAUUACUGGACAGUGAAGGGACAGUAGACUGUGCACUGAUCUGUGGGGUUACAUGCCCAAAACUGUAUCUGGAUACAAUCUGAGGAUCUUGGGAUAUCCUUUCCUUGAGAUCUGAUUAGCAUCAGACCUGUGGACUGACUGUACCUACCGGGACCAGUGUACCUCUGACUGACAGACAGAUCCUGCAAAAGUAAAGUCAAGCAAACAGCCCAAUAUGGCUGCAAAACGGGGGAGAACUAAUUACCAUGUGGACAGAGACAUACUGGACGAGGCAAGCCUGGAGGAACUCGCCCAGAAGCUGCACUCAUCUAAGAAGCCCUGCCUCGUGGACCGGCUCAAACACUCAUGCAGGUGCUCGCUGCCUCAGCUGAAGCGCAGGGUGGUGGGUUGCCUGCCUGUGCUUUACUGGCUGCCACGCUAUUCCAUCUGGGACUAUGGCAUGGGUGACCUUAUCGCCGGUAUUAGUGUGGGAAUCAUGCAACUGCCACAGGGCAUGGCCUAUGCACUUUUGGCGUCCUUACCCCCUGUUUUUGGCCUCUAUACCUGCCUGUACCCCGUACUGAUAUAUUUCUUCUUUGGGACAUCCCGACAUAUCUCCAUAGGACCGUUUGCGGUGCUCAGUAUCAUGGUGGGCAGUGUGGUGGAACAAUUAGCCCCUGACCAAAAAUUUCUCAUAAUGAACGGCACCAACCUGACUAGCAUUGUGGACGAAGCAGCCCGGGACAGCUACCGGGUCAAGGUGGCUGCUACCACCACUGUCUUGGGAGGGAUCAUCCAGGUUGUCCUCGGUCUGGUCCGGUUUGGCUUUGUGGGCACUUAUCUGUCCGAACCCCUGGUCCGGGGUUACACCUCAGCUGCUGCCUGUCACGCAGUCGUGGCACAGCUGAAAUACAUCUUUGGUUUGUCACCCAGGCGGUUCAAUGGACCUCUGUCACUGGUGUAUGUGCUGGUGGACAUCUGCUCCCAGCUGCACCAGAUUCAUGUGCCCACACUCGUGGUCAGUUCAGUGUCCCUGGUGACUCUCUUCUCUGCCAAGGAACUCAAUUCCGCCCUUGCCAAAAAGCUGCCUGUUCCGAUUCCUGUGGAACUCAUCUCCAUUGCCGUGGCAACCCUGCUGUCCAGCUAUACCUACCUGAACCAGAACUACGCAAUUGGUGUAGUGGGGGAGAUCCCCAGUGGGCUGAUCCCUCCCAGCACACCGCAGGUCAGUCUCUUCCAUGAGGUGAUCGGAGAUGCUUUUGCACUGGCCGUUGUGGGCUAUGCCAUUUCCGUCUCUCUGGGCAAGACCUUUGCCAUCAAGAACGGGUACAAGGUGGACACCAACCAGGAGCUUGUAGCUCUGGGCCUCAGCAACAUAACGGGGGGCUUUUUCCACUGCUACUCUGUCGGCUGCUCCAUGUCCCGGAGCCUCGUUCAGCUGACCACAGGGGGAAAGACACAGAUUGCUGGGGUAGUUUCUGCUUUGAUAGUGCUGAUCGCUAUACUGAAGCUGGGGCCCCUGUUUCAAGAGCUGCCCAAGGCGGUUCUCUCGGCUAUUGUGCUAGUCAACCUGAAGGGCAUGUUCAAGCAGUUCUAUGACAUCAUCACACUGUGGAAGACCAGCAAGGUCGAUUUGCUGGUAUGGCUGGUCACCUGGAUGUUCACCUUGCUGUUCCACCUGGACAUGGGUCUUGCAGCUUCCAUCAUGUUUGCCCUGUUGACGGUCAUCUUCAGGACCCAGCUUCCAAAGUACUCUGUCCUGGGCCAGAUUCCAGGAACCGAGAUCUACUUGGACAUGGAAAAAUACAAGGAGGCACAGGAGAUUCCCGGUGUCACUAUCUUCCAGUCGUCCGCCACAGUGUACUUUGCCAAUGCUGACCUGUACUUGGAGGCCCUCAAAGAAAAGAGCGGGAUCAAUAUCAGCAAAAUGAUCACGUACAAGAGGAGGCAGGAGGCGAAACAGAGACGAAGGGAAAAGAGAGCGGAGAGGCGGGCCAAGAGGGAGGCCAAGAGACAGAAAGCAGCCAUGAAAGCUGCAGAAGGCAACACAGUGGUGUUUUCCGUUGAAGAGGAGGUGGUCCACUGGAGAGAGGAUGACAGGCAGGAUGGUUUGACAAGGGAGGAGCAGGAGCAAGACUUCACCAUGCGAGAGAACGGCACCGUGUUCGUCAUCCCCGAACUGCAAAGAGAGCACGGCAGCUGGGAGUACCUGAAGGGCGGGGACCCAGAACUGGGAAUGUUGGGAUCUGUCUCCGAGCUGGAUGGGGACACCACUACCUUGGCCUCCAGCUGUGAUGACACUCUAAGCAGGGAUCUUGAGCAGAUCUCUCUGGGAUCACUAGGGAAGUGGACUUGGGACAUCCAUUCCAUCAUCCUGGACCUUUCCACUGCCAACUUCAUAGACACGGUGGCCAUUAAGACCAUGAAAAAUAUAUUCCAGGACUUUGGAGAGAUUGAUGUGGAUGUGUAUAUGGCUGGUUGUCAGGCCACUGUGGUGGAGCAGCUGGAGACCGGGGACUUCUUCUAUGAUUCCAUCACCAAGAGCCACCUCUUUGCCACAGUCCAUGAUGCCGUGCUGUACUGCCUUCGAAAACGCGGAGCAUCUGCAGCAUCCAGUUACGAUUGUAUCCUGGAUACAUCAUGCAGUACCAAAAUGUGACUGAUUGAAGAGGCUAUUACAGCAGCAUAUGAGUUUCUUCAGUUCUGUCAUUCCGUCUCAAUACAGGGAAAAGCCCUUCUUCUUCCUAUCUACCAAAGUAGAUAUUUGGUAGUUUAACUUUCAAGAACUGGAGUAUGGCAGGUCCUUCCUCCAAAUAUGGCUUUAAAUAUACUCUAUAUAUCUCUGUGUUGGGCAAAGAUAUUAUUUUUAUAUUUUAAAUUAUUUUAAGUUGUUAAUAUAUUGGUUGGAUUAUCUAGAUAUUUCAAUUUGAUAAAGCAGUUGGUCCUUUUUUGAAUAAUUAGCAGUGUAAAGGACUCCUCUAAUUGUUUAGCAAAACACGCACAAAAUAACUACCAUGAUCUACAUAGUAACCAAGUGAUCCAACUUCUGUCAGCUGUGCCAUUUACACUCGUUUAGCUGUGAUCUUGACCCUUACAGUAUGCAUGCAGUGGACUCCUCACCUGCUUCACCACCGCAUGUGUUACAUCUUGGGCUGUUAUGACUCCGCUGUACUGUUUAAUAAAACCUGAGAACACUUUUUUUUAUACUGUCUGGGAGCUUUAGCAAGCAGAAUCAUGGUCUGAAUCCACUGCUGUGCCAAACAUGUUUGCUUUACCAUGAGGAGCUCUAUAAACUCUGUAUAGGCCACUCAAUCACAUGUUGAUUACUUUUUUUUUUCUUAAUGCAUAACAAUCCCCUAAUCCAUGAAUCUCCAUCUAGUCCUUAAACAAUUGGCAUGAAUUAAAUAAAAUCCACAUAGCCUGGUUAAAGUCUUUCCUGUUUCUCUUAAACAUGGGCCUGGCCGAUAAACCGAUAGCCAAGCCAUCCAAUAAAGAUUGACCCAAUCCAGCAAAACUCAAAAUUAAUGAGUAUAAUAAAAUUCAGUCCACGAGAAAUCCACGCAGUAAUAAUCCAUAGAGAAUUCAGAAAGGCUAGGAAGAAUGUGAGUGGUGGAUUUAUGUCAGCAGUGACUAAAAUAACCGGGCUUUCUGCCAAUCGCAGUAUUCUGAGAAUGGACAACCUAUGUACACCAAACACACAGCAAGGUUUAUCAAGUUAGCGGAUCAGCCCACAUUCUACUGUUCUGGCAAAACAGAUGAAUCAAGUGAGAGAAAAGCAUCCCCCAGUGGAAACUUCAAUGUUGGUGUCAGAAGCCACGCCGUCUUUUUAAAAGAGAGAUAUUGUGGAUAAAGCAGUUAAAAAGACGUCGGUGGUGUGGUGAUAUUGUGGCAAUUUAAGGAAGCUUAUGACACACAACAGACUGCUGCUGUGUACUGUAAUCUCUGCCAACUAAAAACUUGUCCAGCUAAA